AUGUUGCUUGUUGCUUUUGAUAUUAAAUGGAACAAUAUCUAUGGAGAUGAUGUAAGGGAAACCCUCCUAAGAUUGCAGAAGGAAGGGACUGAUGCAAAUGCUGCUUACAUCCUUAUGCAAAGAAUUUUUCCAAACAUAUAUCCUGCUAUUCUGACGAGGAAUGGCAUCUGUCAUAAAGAUCAUGCCAUAUCAGAACUUGGUAUAUAUGGUGCUUAUCUAAGGUAA